UUAGUUAUUUCUAGAAACACGUUCGAAUGAUCCUAAGAACUGAUCCAGAGUCGCUUUGUUCUGACGUUCCUUGUGAACAUUUGAAACGGGUACUUAGAACGUAUCCCAAAUCAUUCGAAGCGGACCGAAUCUAUCCAACAUGGCCGAAGCGAAAACGGAUCUCUCGAUUUCGGGUGUAGAUUUUACAGGAAAUACUUUCGUUGUGCUGCAUUUGUGAAGGGCUGCCAUUUUACCGAGCUUACGCAUCAACAGUAUGAACCAUGAGUGACCAAGUGGUCCAACUCUCCUCAGCCUUCCACCAUGAGGACAUGCUUCAGUCUCUGCACCAGCUCAGACUACAUGGUCACCUGUGCGAUGUCACAGUCCAGGUGGACUUCCAGGGUGAGCUGGAAGAGUUUGAGGCUCACCAGGCGGUCCUAGCUGCCUCCAGCGGCUACUUCAAGAACAUCCUACUGGCACCGGACCCACCCAAGAAACUAUUCUUGGGGAACGUUCGAACCACUGAUUUCACCAGGUUCUUGGAAUAUGUAUACACUGGCAAACUGGAGGUGGAUAAAGAGUUUGCUAAAGACAAGAUUGGUGUAAUACAUGAAGUGGCGACACUGUUGGAGUGUAAGAGCCUUGUCCAGGCCUGCAGCUCGGUUCUCUAUGAAGGCAGCUUGAGUCUGCACAGGGUUGAGGCAUCCAUGUCACAAGACAUGGAAGCUGAUUUGUAUGAUGUAGGAGAGGAGGAUGGGGCGCUGGGGGUCGGAGUCAACAAAGUUCCCAAAAUAGCCUCCACCAAGAGGCUGACCCCUCCAACUAAACCAGAGAGAGGGGAGAAAAGGGCAAAGGUCGCGGUCACAGCCGAGGAGGAGAGGUCAGAGGUGAAUAAAGACACUGAGGUCUCUGGGAGGAGGAGUAACAGGCUGGCAGGGCGCAGAGUCUUCAUUGACAUUCCUAAGAAGAAGUACGUGAGGAAGAUGAAGGACCAGACCAUGGCGCAGAUGGAAGAUCUGCCUGACAACAACACUCAGACAACCAGUCAGGAGGAGAACACUUACAACACACGGGAGGCAGAAGAGGCCCUUCCAGAGCCGCUGCCUAAAAAAGAGGGGGCGGGACUGGAGUCGACAGACGUUGAUGAUGAAGAUGAGGUGGAAGAGGGAGAUAUACCAGAGGAUUGUCCAGAUGACUCCCUCUUCUUGCCCAGCAAGGAAGAGGAGGGUGAGGAGGAGGGAGAGGAGCGUGCCACCAACAGAUCAUCCAGACGUAUUGACACUCAAUACAAGUGUGACAAAUGUCAACGGACCUUCCACUAUGAGAAGAGCUACCUGAAGCACAUCAAGACGAGCCACAGUGUGCAGGGGGAGGUGACGUACCGUUGUGACACCUGCCAGCAGACCUUCGCCAACCGCUGCAACCUGAAGAUCCACCAGAGACACGUCCACAGUGACGAAAGGCUGUUCCCCUGUGACGUCUGCACCAAGACCUUCAAACGCAAGAAGGACGUGACGCGCCACCGACGACAGGUGCACGAGGGAGGCGGUGAGCGACACACCUGUCUUGUGUGUAACAAGGCGCUGAGCUCUAAGACAGCGUUGACGCUACACGAGAGAACACACACAGGAGACAAGCCCUACUCUUGCACUGACUGUGAAGCCAAGUUCUCCCAGAGCUCAGCCCUCAAGACACACCGCAGGACUCACACAGGAGAGAAGCCUUUCGCCUGUGACCAGUGUGAUGCGAGGUUCACCCAGAACCACAUGUUGUCCUAUCACAAAAGGGCCCACACGGGAGAGAAGCCUUUUAUGUGUGAGAGCUGUGGGAAAAGCUUUGCCUCUAAAGAAUACCUGAAACACCACUCCAGAAUCCACACAGGCUCCAGGCCUUACAAGUGUGAACAAUGUGGUCGGGCCUUCGCCCAGAGAAACUCCCUCCACCAGCAUAUGAAGAUACACACAGGUGAGCGUCCGUACCACUGUACAGAUUGUGAUAAGCAGUUCACCCAGCUGAAUGCCCUCCAGAGGCACCAGAGGAUUCAUACAGGGGAGAAGCCCUACAUGUGUGGCCUCUGCAACCGUACCUUCACGGACAAGUCCACCGUACGCAGGCACACCAUGACUCACGACCAAAACACUCCAUGGAAGAACUACCUGGUGGUCCUCAAGGACAACAUGGAGAAAAAGACUAAGAAACCCAGAAGCCUUGGUAGAAAGGUUAAAAUAGAGACUGUGGUUCGGGAGGUGGAAGGGGAUAGUGGAGCUGGAGGUAGGCUCCAGGAGGGGACCAUAUUGGUUCCUGGUGAGCCCAUCACCCUCUCAGCCAGCUGGGGCGACCCAGGGACCAUCGCCCUGGUUAGCCACACCACCCUGGGUGGGUUCACGGUCAUCCAGACAGAGAUGCCGGCUGGGACCCAGCUACCCAUCGUCACCACAGACUGCACCGGGGCCAGUGUCAUCUCUCUGGAUGGAUCCACUGUCUCUGUCCCCUUUACUAUCCCUGUCUCUAUGUCCUCCAUCUCUGUGUCCUCGUCCUCCUCUGGCAUCCUCCCUGUCCAGACUGUGUCUGUCUCUGUCCCAGUCACUGUUUCAGGGGCCAUAUUUGCCCCAGUUUCAGAGACCAGUCUUUCAACUUCAUGUGUUCUGGAAACUGCAGUGUCACAGACCAUCUUGGCUCCAGAUUUGGAAGCUGGGCCGUGUUCAGAUACGACGGCCAUUGCGGAUCCCGAGGAUGCAGUUUCAGAGUGUGCCCCUAUCUCUGAGGAGUGUGUUACAGUGCAGACAUCAGAACUGGAGACUGAGACACCGAGCGCUGCUGUCUCUAAUGAGGAACAACACAGUGUACCAGAGGACAUUGGUACUGUGGAAGACCUGGAGGUGUCCACUGAAGAUACUGUGGUGUAGGUUGGCAUGUAUUUCAAUGUACACUCCCUUCCGUAUGCAUUUGGGCACUGAAGAUAAUUCCUUUCAUUUGGCUCUAUACUCCAGCAUUUUGGAUUUUGAGGUCAAAUGUUUCAUACGAGGCGACAACAGGACACUACCUUUUUUCCGUGUACAAAUUGAAAGCACUGUAUCAAUCAAAUCAAAUGUAUUUGUCACGUACACAGUUUACAGCUGGUAUACAAGGUGCAGUGAAAUGUUUGCCCUAGCUCCCUCAAUGCAGUACAUCAAUCAACAAUAACAGUGAAGAGUCAAGUAGAAAAUAACAAGUAGUAGAAGAGGCAAUAUGAGUAGUAAUAAUGGACUGUAUUUACACUAUUUACAAAUAUAAAGUGGGUUGUGGAAUCAAUAGUACUAGAACAGCAGCAUUGAGUGUGUGAGUUCAGUGCUUGCGUGUGUGUGUUUAUAGGUGUUUGUGUGUUUAUGGGUUGAAUAUGUGUGUAGUGCAAAUCAUUUCUAAGGUGCCUAAUGCCAAUAGUCUCUACGGUGUAGAUCUGUGCAGGGGGACCGCUAGGUUUGAAUUUUUAGCAGUCUGAUGGCCCAAUACUCGGAUACUACUUGCCAGAUGGUAACAGUGAACAGUCCAUGACUUGGGUGACUGGAGUCCUUAAAGAUCUUUGGGGCCUUCCUAAGACACUGGCUGGUGUAGAUGUACUGGAGGGCAAGGAGCUCGCCCUCAGUUAUUCAUUAGGUCGUCCGCACCAACCUCGUAGGGCCUUCCAGUUGAGGGCGGUGCGGUUGCCGUACCAGGCGGCGAUGCAGCCGUUCAAGAGGCUCUCGAUUGUUCAACUUCUUUAGGAUCCUAGGGCCCGUGCUGAAUGUCUUCAGGCGCCUGAGGUUUGAGAGACACUGCUGCUAAAACCACGGUGGGGGUGUGAUUGGAUCAUGUCCGGUUCUCUGUAAUGUGCACGCUGAGGAACUUGAAGCUUUUUACCCUUCUCCACUGCAGCCCGGCCGAUGGCAAUAGUGGCGUGCUCCUCUCCUUGUUUCCUGUAGUCCAUAAUCAGCUGCUUGGUUUUGCUGACUUUGAGGGAGAGGCUGUUUCCCUGGCACCACUGACUCUAGUCCCUCCCAUUUGAAGAAGUCAUAAGUAUUUGGACACAUUCACUUAUAGUGUAUUAAAGUUGUCAAAAGUGUAGUAUUUGGUUCCAUAUUUGUAGCACGCAAUGACUAUGUUAAGUUUGUGACUACAAACUCAUUGGAUGCAUUUGCAGUUUGUUUUGGGUUAUGUUUUGACCAAUGAACUGUAUGGUGAAUCAUGUAUUGUCAUUUUGGAGUUUUUGAACAUUUCUACAUGAAUGUGGAUGCUACCAUGAUUAUGGAUCAUUCAUAAAUUAAUCGUGAAUAAUGAUGAGUGAGAAAGUUAGAGGCACAAAUAACACCCCCCCCCCCAAAAAAAAAAGAAAUGCUGAACUCCCAUGUAGGUUAGCAUGUUCUGUAACCUUCUCACUACACAUUAUUCAUUUAUGAUUUUUCUUAAUCAUGGCAUUAUCCGGAUUCAUUUUGAAGUGUUCUGAAACAUCUUAUCUACUCAGAAAUACAAUUACUCCAUUCACCAUUCACCAUUCAGUUCCUAUCGGGCAAAACUUAACACCGAGUAUUAAAAUACCCUCAAAUAAAAAGUGACAUUCUGUACUGUUGGACCCAUAUGAGACAUUUGCUCUCAUCCAAAAAUGUUGGAGUAUAGAGCCAGAUUAAAAUGUGUAGCUUCACUGUCCAUAUACAUAUGAAA